UUAUUACUUAGGAUUCUCAACUCCUUAUCUCUUUACCAUCCAUCCACCGUCCACGCAUGGCAUCCCCAAACCAAUCCUCUAGUGAUGAAGCCAAAACAAUUUCAGAAACACUUAUUCCUGAGUUGCCAAGAGAAAGGGGAUGGGUAGUUGAUGGAGACAUUCAUUUGCUGAAUGGGUUUUGGUACCCAAAAUGGGUCAUCCAUGGCCUCCUAGCACUCCAACACCACUUCAAACCACACCCCAAUGAUGUUCUCUUAGCCAGCUACCCCAAAGCUGGAACCACUUGGCUCAAGGCUCUUCUCUUCAGCAUUGUGAACCGGGCAAAGUACAAUGGAAUUAUGCACCCUUUGCUCACCUCAAACCCUCAUGAAUUGGUCCCCUGGUUAGAGACUUACGCCUCCACCAAUCCCACAAACCCCAGGCCACCGGAUUCUUUCUUGUUCAGUACCCACCUCGCCUACCCAUCAUUGCCUGAACAGAUCCGCAGCUCUUCUUCUUCGUGUCGGAUCGUGUACGUGUUUCGAGAUCCCAAGGACGUUUUUGUUUCUUUCCGGCACUACCAUAACAAGCUGAGGCCAAAAGAGUCGUCGUCGUCUUCCUUUUCUCUCCAAGAGGCUUUCGACCAAUUCUCCCGCGGCGCCUCGCCUUUCGGGCCCUACUGGGAUCACUUCGCCGGCUACUACAAAGCUAGUAUCCAAUUCCCCAACAAAGUGUUCUUCGUGAGGUACGAGGACUUGAAGACAGAAGCCGUGUUUCACGUGAAGAGGCUAGCGGAGUUCGUGGGCUGGCCUUUCUCUGAGGAGGAAGAGAAGGAAGGGGCGGUGCAGAAAAUCAUAGAUUUUUGCAGCUUUGAGAAACUGAGCAAUUUGGAAGUGAACAAAAAUGGGUCAUUCAUUCGAAACCUUGAGACGGGGAGGAUGGCUAGGUUUAUAAACCACGCGUAUUUCAGGAAAGGCGAGAUUGGGGAUUCCAAGAACCAUCUUUCGGAGGAGAUGAGGGAGAUUCUGGACCAAAUAACACAGGAUAAAUUCAAUGAAAUUGGUUUAAUUUGACAGCAUUUCUGCCCCGGCCUGCAUGCCCCUGGUUAAAACUAAAUGAAUGAUUCAAGUUCAUCAGAUCAUUUUCUGUGGUUAAUUUAUGUAUGUUUUUAUCUCUAAACUAGACCAUUUGUAUUUAAUUUUAUGUGCCAUGACAAAUAAUGUUGCUUAGCUUGCUAUCUCUGUGUAUUUCCAAUGGUUAAAGAAGAGAGAGUUUUUGUCUAGACAUA